UCUUUAGGACGGUAAUUUUAGCGGAUUUACGCAAUACGUUGGUUCCGGAUGGAGCUUGUUGCACUCGAAAUAUUUGAAGGUGAGAACCUAGUUGCUAUGGAAACAGUACACACUUGUUCGCACACCGCAGCCAGAAAGUCGAAUUUUUUUUAAAAAUACCUCAUAUAUUGUCAGUGAAGUUCACCAGUAUAGAUCGUUGAUUUUACAUUUUUAUAACUAACGGGUUUUUCUCGCAAAAAAUGAAGAGGUAAGAACGCACGAAUGACUUUUGUAAAUGUUUUAGUUUUGUUGACGUUAUUUCGCAACAAUAAUUUACAAAUGUGAUAUUUUUUAAACAUUUACUAUAAAACUUUUACAGUAGGCCUAUAUAGCUACUGUGGUCUCGUGUCUCAAUCUAUUAUAUACGACUGACCUGCAAGUCCAGAAGUGGUUCUCUUAAAAAUAAUCUGAUAACAAUACAUGGUUUUAACAUAAUCGUGCAUGAAACAGACGUUUUUGUGUCUAUUUAUUAUUUAUUUAUUUAGAGUUAUGGUCGAUUCAAGACCAUGACUGUAUAUUUACUUAUUUAUGGUAAGAUUACAGUGUAUUGGAAAGCUUUCAGAGGUGUCGUCAAAGGACACUGAAAAGGUGAGUCCCAAAUAGAGGAAAUUCUGAUCAAUUCUGAAUCAACUUUAAUACAAAGUGGAAAAUUUUUGCCAGCAUUGAUCAGUAUUUUUGUUAGUUUGUUUUUAUGUACAUCUAUUUAAAUUUUCCUGCUAUUUUUAUUGUAAUAAAGGAAACUGCACCCAUAAAGCCAGUGUGUGCCACCCCAGCAGAUCCUUUGCCAAAAAAAUCUGUGGAAUGGAAACCAAAGCAACAGAAACCAAAACCCAGUGGAAAGACAGAGGUACAAGAUCCUACUACAAACUCUGUCACAACAAAUCCCACGACGUUUGGAGCACAAAGUACCAAGAGGCAACAGAAACCAAAACCCCCAAAAACAGAGAGACAAGAUCCUUCUACCAACGCUGGCACAGCAAAUCACACGCUAACAACACAAAAUAAUGCGAGCGGAGGGCAUAAUACCCCUAAAGCUCCGUCCUUCAAAAAUGUAACCACGCAUGGACAUAAAGUGCCUAAACAGGUUGUGCGUGUUAUGACAGAACAACAAGCAACAUCUGAAGUGCAUUUAGACUGCAGACAUGAGCUACAAACCCUGUCUGAAAGUGACCCGAAUCCUCCUGUGGAACAUGAAAAGGAAGAUGAAAGUGAAGAAAAUGAGACAGCCGAAGGUCACGUGCCGCUAGAAUUAUUUGCAGAGUUCCUGGGUGCUGUUAUGACAAAGAAUUACCAACUUGCGAAGAAACUUUGUCAGAUGAUCCUAAUAUAUGAACCCCAGAACUCGGAGGCAAAGAGCUUUUUGCCACUCAUUGAAGAAAAAUUACUGAUAGAAAGUUCAGACAAUGAUAAUGAUGAGUCUGAUGAAUCUGACACAUCUGAUGAGGAGGAGGAAGGGGAUAGCAGUGAUGAUGAAGACACAGACGAUAAUGAAUCUUCAGAUAGCUGUGACACAGAUGAAGAGUCCACUGACAGCACAGAUGAUACAUCAUCAUCAUUAUAAAGGGAGGAAGACAUUAAACAAUGUCAAGUGCCUUUCUCAUCAGUGUUGUGCUAUUGUUUUUGGUAUUAUAUAUACAUGUCUUAUUUAUUUUGCAUAAUUAAUUUGCAUAGUGUUUGGAAGCUAUUAUGUGGAGAAAAGAUGGAAAUCUUCUAUAUUUUGACUGGAACCAUGUCCGUCUCCUUUUGAAAUUCACCGUUGUCGGAGCCUGCGGCCAGUGCUCCAGACAUGUAGCACCGGGUGUCCCAAGUUUGAGUCCCGGCUCGUGGUCCUUUCCCGAUCCUGCCCCUAUGUAAAAGUUUGUGGCUAUUCAAUAAACACAAGACAGAAUAGCGCCCUCUGGGGGGCAAGCUUCGAGUUGCG